CGCGUUUGUCGUGGCGGUCAACUGAUCAGAAAUAUAGCCAGAGCCAAGUUAAAUAAAAUAUAUAUAGCUGAAUUAAUUAUAAAAUUAAAAAAAAAAAAUUCAAUCAGCAUCUCAAACUUCAAUGGGGUUUCUUCGACUUGUUCUCGAGGCGGUUUUCGGUGGAAAGAGACGGAAGAAGAUGGUCAGAGGUAGUAGUAGUAGUGGUGCUGUUGUUCGUGGCGGUGGUGGUAGUAGUGUUAAGCAGAAAGGCUUCUCAAUGAAUCCAAAAGACUACAAACUUAUGGAAGAAGUCGGCCAUGGAGCUAGCGCCGUCGUCUACCGAGCGAUCUAUCUCCCGACCAAUGAAGUCAUCGCCGUCAAGUGUCUGGAUCUCGAUCGAUGCAAUAGCAAUCUGGAUGAUGUGAGGAGGGAAUCUCAGACUAUGAGUUUGAUAGACCAUCCAAACGUUAUAAAGUCGUUUUGUUCGUUUUCUGUUGACCAUAGUCUUUGGGUGGUGAUGCCAUUCAUGGCGCAAGGUUCUUGUUUGCAUCUUAUGAAGACUGCUUAUUCAGACGGGUUUGAAGAGUCGGCUAUAUGUUCUAUACUCAAAGAGACUCUUAAAGCUCUCGAUUAUCUUCAUAAACAAGGCCAUAUCCAUCGUGAUGUUAAGGCAGGAAACAUACUUCUUGAUGACAAUGGGGAGAUUAAGCUUGGCGAUUUUGGUGUGUCUGCUUGCUUGUUUGAUAACGGUGAUAGGCAACGUGCAAGAAACACAUUUGUUGGUACUCCUUGCUGGAUGGCUCCGGAAGUCUUGCAGCCUGGAAAUGGAUAUAAUUCCAAGGCUGAUAUCUGGUCGUUUGGUAUAACAGCGCUUGAAUUGGCCCAUGGUCAUGCACCCUUCUCAAAAUAUCCCCCCAUGAAGGUGCUGCUAAUGACUAUUCAAAACGCACCUCCAGGUCUUGAUUACGACCGUGAUAAGAAAUUCUCAAAGUCCUUUAAAGAAAUGGUUGCAAUGUGUUUGGUGAAAGAUCAAACAAAAAGACCAACCGCUGAAAAGCUGCUGAAACAUUCCUGCUUCAAACACACAAAGCCACCUGAGCUUGCUGUGAAAUCAUUAUUUGCUGAUUUGCCUCCUCUUUGGACACGUGUGAAAUCUCUUCAGGCCAAGGAUGCUGCACAGCUCGCUUUAAAAAGAAUGGCCACUGCUGAUGAGGAAGCUAUAUCAAUGAGUGAAUACCAAAGAGGAGUGAGCGCUUGGAAUUUUGAUGUCAAAGACUUGAAAACACAAGCAUCUUUGUUAAGUGAUGAAGAUGGUCUAGAAGAGAGUCAGGAAGAUGAAGAAAUCUUCCAUACACGGUUUCAUAACAAGGUGAAUGAUAGCCCGGUACUAUAUGAAAACAUGAACGGGAAGGAAAAGGUUUCCACUACUGAAGUGGAAGAACCAAACUGUGAAGAGAAGUUCACUUUCAUCACUAAUGCCUCUUCCGUAACACCAAACUCAGAGCAUGAAGUUCCUGAGGCUAAGGUUAAUAAGCCAGUAAGACGCCAAAGUCAGAGUGGACCACUUACAAGCAGAGCCGUUGUAAGCCACUCAGCUUCAGAGAAAGGUCAAAUCUUUGAAAGAUCCGAGAGUGAACACCAGGCAGCCCCGUCUGUCAAAAGAGCUCCUAGCUUUAGCGGUCCUUUGAAUCUUUCGACUCGUGCUUCUUCAAACAGCUUGUCAGCUCCUAUUAAAUACUCAGGAGGAUUCCGUGAUUCUCUGGAUGAGAAGUCAAAGGGUAACCUUGUUCAGAAAGGAAGAUUCUCAGUAACAUCAGGAAACUUAGACCUUGCUAAGGAUGUUCCAUUAAGUAUAGUCCCUCGUCGAUCUCCACAGUCAUCCCCUCUGAGGAAAUCUGCUAGUGUGGGUAACUGGAUACCUGAGCCUAAAAUGCCAACGGUUCAGCCUCAGACCAUCAAGGAGUUAAGUAGCCAAACUAUGUCCCCGUCACUCAUCAUACCUCAACUUCAACAUAUUUUCCAGCAAAACUCUGUACAACAGGAUCUUCUUAUGAACUUACUGAAUAGUGUACAACCCGCAGAGACGACGGACGGUUCUCAAUCUGGGAAGUUACCACCUUUGCCUCGCUCAGAGACUAAUGGAACCGUUGAUUCUGUGCCUUCUGAGAGGGAGAGGAUGCUACUUAGCAGCAUCUCUGAGCUCCGGGCUAAGCUGAACGACUUAACGGAGGAACUCGAUUCAGAGAAAUCAAGAUACAACCAACUACAGCAGAAACUGAAAGCAUUCACUGGUCGCGAACUAGUGUAAGCAGGAGCGGGAAGCGAGGACG